AUGGCAUUAGAUAGUAAAGAAUAUCAUCAUGAUGGAGAUCACGAUAGUGUGCAUAGCGGACGUAGUCAAGUCAGUACAAUGACAGCAUACGAUGUGGAUGUCGAACAACCAGAUAUUGCACCAUCACCACCAGCAGUAAAUCGCGUGACAAAGAUGUUGACAACCAACUCCUCCGAGCCGUAUUCUGUAUUCCCUCACAACAAAAAGCUAUUGAUCGUUGCCAUCUGUUGUCUAACGGGCAUCGUAUCACCACUAUCAGCCAAUAUUUAUUUUCCUGCAUUGGACGCCAUCCAAAAGGAUUUGGAUACUACAACUGAAUUGGUGAACUUGACUGUUACAGUAUAUAUGAUUUUUCAAGGCCUCUCUCCUUCAUUUUGGGGCUCGCUAGCUGAUCUAUGGGGCCGUCGACCCGUUUACCUUGCCACGCUUAUGGUGUACAUGGGCUCUUGCAUCGGUCUUGCAUUGGCACCUAAAUAUUACGUUUUGCUCAUCUUGCGUAUGCUUCAGGCAUUUGGAUCUAGUUCUGUCAUUGCCAUCGGUGCUGGUGUAGUAGGUGAUAUUGCAACGCCCUCUGAGCGUGGUAGCUAUUUUGGUCUCUUCUCAAUGGGUCAGAUGCUUGGACCUGUUAUUGGGCCUGUGAUUGGCGGUAUUAUCUCUGAAUACCUGUCAUGGAGAUGGAUCUUUUGGAUCUUGCUGAUGGUCGGCGCUGCUUUCUUUAUAGCCAUCUUAUUUUUCUUGCCUGAAACUCUUCGUAGCCUAGUCGGAAAUGGCUCUGGUCAUGCUAAUCCCACUCCAAUUCAAUGGUGGAGACACCGUCAAGCUCAAAAAAAUCGUCAAGAGCAACCUUACACUGAUGACGAUAGCUCCACUAUCCACGACAUCAAGAAGCCCAACCGUUUUCUUCAGAUCCCCAACGUCACCCAGCCCUUCCUGUACUUGUUUGAAAAGGAUGUUAUUUGCGCAUUGCUUUACAAUGCUAUUCAUUAUGCAACAUACUACUGCUAUCUGACAUCCACUACUAGCCAAUUUGUCUUGCUCUACAACAUGUCUGAAAUCCAGAUUGGUCUCUGUUUCUUAUGCCAAGGUGUUGGCUGCAUCUUGGGCAGUUAUUGUGAAGGCAAGCUGUUGGACUACGACUUUAGAAAGACAGCUACUGAAUCUGGUUUCGGCAAUGCUACCCGCGGUAAAUUGCCUACUGAAUUCCCCAUCUUUCGUGCUCGUCUGCGCAACGUGUGGAUUAGUGCUGGUUUGAUUCAAGUGAUCACUCUAUUUUACGGCUGGAUGCUCUACAUUCAUGCGCACUUAGCUGUCAUCUUGGUUCUUCAAUUCUUGGUUGGUUUUGCAAAUACAAGUCUUUUCAAUAUCUUCCAAACUUUGGUGGUAGACUUAUUCCCUGGUAAAAGUGCUACAAUUACUGCCACCAACAACUUGGUACGUUGUUUGCUCGGUGCUGUUGCUACUGUCAGUAUUGAGCCUGGUAUCCAAAACGUAGGCGUUGGCUGGAUUUUCACCAUCAUUGGCCUUGUUUGCGUCGCCUCCAAUGUCUUGGUUCCUGUUCUCUUCAAAUUCGGCCCACGAUGGAGAAAAGAAAGGAUUGAAAGAUUGGCUCGCAGGUUGAAAGAGCAAGAACGUUAA